GUCUUCCGGCGAUGUCCCACCGGGCCGGCACAGGGGAUGCUCCGAUCCCUGGGCUUGUCACAUCGAGACGGAAUCCGGCCUACAAGCAGAGGCUGCAGAAGCAGAAGGAGGCAGAAGCAGCAGCGGAAGCAGCUCGUAGGGCUGAGAUUGCCAAACUCAAAGCUGCAAAGCAGCUCCAGAGAAGCCGGCAGCAGAGAAGGUCGCCGAGCAUUCGUUCCGAGGAGCGCGAGCGUCGCGAGGGCUCUGAGGAGCGACGUCUUCGGGAGAAGAAGGAGGCCGAUGCCAAAGCACAGAAGGUGGUGAAGGAUGCGGAGGAGAAGCGAAGGAAAGAGGCGGAGGAGGCAGAAGCCCGCAAACGGUGGGCCGAGCAGGAAGCGAAGUGGGCAGAGGAGCGCCGACUGCGCGAGGAGCAAAAGCGGGCGGAGGAGGAGCGCAAGGCCGAAAGCCAAAAGAGUUUGUCGCCGCGGCUCCGGCGCGGCCCACGGCGCUCCGCAGCUCGCCAGGUCGCGCGCCAGCAGAAGCUGAAAGGAGCCCGGGCCUCAGAAGCCCAGUGCCAGGUGGCCAUCAGGUCGCCAAAAAACGCUUGCGGUGCGUGGCAGGCUUUUGCCAUGGCAGACGAGGACGAUGACGAGGAGACUCCAUUUUAUGGCGCGCUCUGUUGGCGUCUCUUCGGACGCCUCUCUUCCUUGCAGGAUCAUCGAAACAGAAAGUUGGCUGAAAAGCAGAAGACCAGGUCGUCGCAGGCCAGCACGUGGCCUGAGCACUCCGUCGGGCUCGGCAGGUCAGUGCCAAAGUUGGCGGAGAACUCAGGGCGGAUUUUGACAGCAGAAGCAACUCGUAAUGAUUUUUGA